AUGGACGCUCCGCCCAACCUCAACAAGAACAAUGCCUUGGAGAUAGGCGAAGUUCCAGACCGAACAAAGAUCUCGAUCCCAUUGAAUAAUCAGCCAAGCUUUUCGCCACGCAAGUUGCGCGCCAUUAUCAUUGGAGCGGGCUACUCGAGUCUAACACUCGUACACAAGCUGCGACAUCAACACCCGGAGAUGGAGGACAUUCUGACGUACAAAAUAUUCGAGGCCCGGUCUGACAUAGGAGGAACAUGGCUUGUAAACACCUAUCCUGGUGUCCAAUGUGAUGUGCCAGCCCAUAUAUACGCAUUCCCGUUUGACCCCAAUCCUUCCUGGAGUAAGUUCUACGUCGGUGGGCCAGAAAUUCAUGACUACAUAAAGCGAACUGUGGAGAAAUGGAAUUUGGAUCGCGAUGUCGAAUUGAAUAUGAAAGUCGUCGGAACCUACUGGCAGGAACAGCAGGGUCUAUGGAAAGUUGUCGUGGAACAUAACGGAGUUCAGCGUGAAGAAUAUGCCGAGGUCUUGAUUUCAGGGCAAGGGUUUCUCAAUCUUUGGAAAUGGCCUGACAUCAAGGGACUCGAAUCCUUCAAGGGAAAGAAGGUGCAUUCAGCCAAAUGGGACCAUUCAUAUGAUUACUCUCACAAGCGAAUUGCUGUCAUCGGUAACGGCUCAUCCGGAAUUCAAAUAUUGCCACAACUUGCCAAACUGGAGGGCACAGAUGUAACCAGCUUUCAACGCGGUCCCACCUGGGUCAUCUCACGAAUGUCAGCUGCAAAGCUUCUAGGUCGUGAUGAUAUAAGCCCUAACCCCGAAUAUACCGAAGAAGAUAAACGACGAUUUACAGAAGAUCCAAAGUAUCAUAAUGAGUACAGGAAGCAGCUGAUCCAUCGUAUCAAUAGGGCGUUCAGAAUGUUUGUCAAAGGUUCGCCUGCAAAUCUGGAAGCCACAGAGUUUGCCAAGGAACAGAUGUCAAAUAAACUUGGCGAUGAUCCAGAGCUCUGCAGAAAACUGAUACCUGACUGGGAAUUGGGCUGCCGACGCAUUACACCAGGUGAAGGCUACUUGGAGUCUUUCUUGAGACCAAAUGUCCAUCUUACCCAAAGUCCAAUCACGCAUAUUACAGAGCACACAGUACACACCGCCGAUGACCAAGCUAUAGAGGUGGAUGUCAUUGUUUGCGCGACUGGAUUUGAUGUCUCCCACUGCCCACACUAUCCAGUAAUAGGUCGUGAUCAGACCAGCCUUGCUAAAAAAUGGGCGGACGAACCAGAGUCGUAUCUUUCGCUUGCAUGUCCUCAAUUCCCCAACUACUUUAUAUUCACUGGCCCAAAUGCCGUCGUGGGACAUGGUUCGUUGGUCGAAGGACUCGGCUGGGUUGCUGAGUAUAUGAUUAAAUGGAUUAAAAAGAUGGCUACCGAGGAUAUCAAAGCUGUCGCGCCAAAGCAAGAAGUUGUGGACGAGUUCGUUACAUACGGCGAUGAGAUCCAGAGAACCCUGACUUGGACAGGUGGCUGCAGGAGCUGGUACAAAAAGGGCCGCGUUGAUGGACGGGUUACGGCCGCAUUUGCCGGCAGUGCGCUGCUUUUCAAGCGGUUUGUGAGUGAGAUACGUGGAGAAGAUUUUGAGAUCCAGUAUCAAAGCCCAAAUCGUUUCAAAAUGAUGGGAAAUGGGUUUACAGAGUAUGAGUUGGAUGAUGCCAAUGAUUUGGCAUGGUAUAUUGAAAAGUAG